AUGAGUGGCACGUCUCGCUCAAGAUCUGUUGCCCUUCGCGAACCUCUUAGAGAAGAGCUUCGGAGAAUGGAAAAGCUGGGAGUUAUUAAGAAAUGUAAAGAGCCCACUGCCUGGGUACAUAGUGUUGUUGCCGAGAAGAAGAAUAACAAACUCAGAGUGUACAUGGAUUCUAGCGACAUCAAUCAUGCCGUCAUGCGCGAACAUUUUCCCAUGCAUAUCGUGGAAGAUGUGAUUAGCAGAAUGCCCAGUGCAAAAGUUUUAAGAGUCCUUGAUGCUAACCAUGGCUUUUGGCAGGUUAAACUAACCACGGACAGUAGUAAGUUAGCUAUCUUUAACACCCCAUUUGGCCCUAAUGGUUAUACAAGUUUACCAUUUGGGAUAGCAUCCACCCCAGAUGUGUUCCAAAAUGUUAUGUCUCAUUUGUUUCAGGACAUUGAAAGUGUUGAGGUAAUUAUGGAUGAUCUGAUUAUGUGGGGAAAAGAUGUGGAGCAGCAUGAUGUGAGGCUUAGACAAAUAUUGGACAGCUGCCGUGAUCGUAACCUCAAGCUUAACAGGGAGAAAUGCCAACUACCUUUAGCUGAUACGCUCUCCAGAGCAUACUUACCCCACAACGCUACAGACCAACCUGAUGAUUUUGAAAUUCAUGUCCUGAACUCUGGACAUUUGUCAGAGACGAUAUUUCACAAAUUGAGGGACGAGACUAAGAGUGACCCUGAACUUCAACAGUUGCAGAAAGUUGUCAUGGGUGGUUGGCUGCAGACCAAAGUAGAGACACCAGUUGAGACAAGACCUUACUGGAACCACCGAGAUGAAAUUAGCUGCUACGAGGGGUUAUUGUUCAAGGGUGAUCGCAUAAUUGUUCCCCAUAGCCUGCGACCCGAAAUACUUCAAUGCAUACACGCCGCUCACUUGGGGAUAGAGAAGUGCAGAGCGCGAGCCCAGAGUGCAGUGUUUUGGCCAGGUAUCAAUGGUGCAAUCGACGAGUUGGUAUCCAAGUGCAAUACCUGUCAGCAACACCAACGAAGCAACCAGAGAGAGCCUUUGAUUUCUCAAGAGACCCCUGAGAGAGCCCGGGUGACAGUUGCAGCAGACAAAUUCUACUGUAAAGGGAGAGGCUACCUGCUUUUAGUUGACUAUUUCUCCAAUAUCCUGAAGUAG